UUUCAGGAAAAUGAUCUCUAUAACUUUCAUUUUGAUUUGGAUUUGAUGUCUUGGGACUCGGAUCUUUGGAAUAUUACAGGCCAUGCUUAUGCAGAUGCAAGCGUGAAGACAGAACCCUUAUCACCAGGCACUUCAAGCUGUUCCGUCCCUUCUCCAUCAUCGGUGGACUCUCCAGUGCAGAAUGUGCCUGAUGAUGUGGACUUCAGCUGUAGCUCCCAGAUGUCUCCCAUCUCUCUAUACAGCAAGAGCUGCAGAAGCCCUGCGUCCCCCGAAGGAGAUGGAGAGAAGAAGCCGGCUGUCAGCAUCACUUCUCGGUCUGCAAAUAAUUCUGCAAAGACUCUGAAGAGGUGUGGUCAGACAGCAUCCAGACCUUCAAUACAACCCAAGCCCCUUUUGCCUGCUGUACCUGAGGCUCAGGCUAAUAUUGGCAUCCCAGCUAAAACCAUCAUUAUUCAGGCUCUUCCCACGCUUGUGCCACUGCCAAAGCAUCAGCCAGUUGUUAACAUCCAGCCAGCACCCCCAAAAGGUCAGUCAGUGGUGCUCUCCCAGCCUGCUGUGGUACAGCUCCAGGCUUCUGGGGUGCUUCCUGCCUCCCAGCCCGUCAUUGCUGUCACUGGAGGGACCACGCAGCUUCACAGUCACACAGUGAAUGCAUUGCCUCCAGCUGCUGGAAAUGGCUCAACAAGCGGCAAAAUACCAGUGCCUAAGCCCUUGCUUCAAAGCACCACACCAGCAGCAGGGCUGGAUGUCAAUGUGUUGAGAAGGCAGCAGCGCAUGAUCAAAAACCGGGAGUCAGCCUUUCAGUCACGGAAGAAAAAGAAAGAAUACAUGUUGGGACUGGAGGCGAGGCUGGAGGCAGCCUUAUUGGAGAAUGAGAAACUCAAGAAAGAAAACAGCACACUGAAGAGGCAGCUGGAUGAAGUGGUAUUAGAGAACCAAAAGUUAAAAGUAUCAUCUCCAAAGAGAAGGACCCUGUGUGUGAUGGUGAUACUGGCUUUCAUAAUGCUGAAUUAUGGUCCACUGAGUAUAUUCGAAAAGGAUCCCAAUGGAGUUGAUUCCCCUGCAAGUUCCAGCCACCGAACCAGAAAUCUUCUGGAAUUCUCAGCUAGCCAGGAGUCCAGCACAGCUCAGAAAAUACCUGAUGCCAUCAUUCCCGAAAAGAGUAAUAGGUCUGAUUAUUCUGAAUCUGAUAACAAAGCACUGAUGAUAGUCUCAGAAGAACCACUGUUAUAUAUUUCACCACCACCACCCCCCUGUCAGCCCCUGAUUAACCGGACAGAGUCACUCAGGCUGAAUCAUGAACUUCGAGGAUGGGUUCAUAGACAUGAAGUGGAACGAACGAGAUCUAGAAGGUCGUCAAAUAACCAACAGCAGAAAGCCCGGGUUAUGCAGAGCUCCCUCAGUGAGAAGGCAUAUUCCCAGCUAAUGGCCAUGCCUUACACAGACACCCGCCUCAGCAGGAACUCAGGGAAUGAGCUGCAAGUGUAUUAUGCCUCUCCAAGGAGCUAUCAAGAUUUUUUUGAAGCUAUUCGCAGAAGGGGAGAUACAUUCUACGUGGUGUCAUUUCGCAGAGACCACCUGUUACUGCCAGCCACCACACAUAACAAGACCACAAGACCAAAAAUGUCUAUAGUGUUGCCAGCUGUAAACAUCAAUGAGAAUGUGAUCAAUGGGCAGGACUACGAGGUGAUGAUGCAGAUCGACUGCGAAGUGAUGGACACCAGGAUCCUCCACAUCAAAAGUUCAUCUGUCCCUCCGUACCUCCGAGAGCAGCGCAGAAAUCACACCCACACCAACACCUUCUACAGCGCGUCUCCCUCUGUCCCGGAGACGCCUCAUGCCCUGAGGGCUAUUGUCAAAUCCCUGCAGUAG